UUGAAGAAGGAAAAAAAAAAAGAAAUCAUUUUAAAAUUCAAGAUUACACGAACAGGUACCAGCAGUAAAAACGCUAGUGGAUUGUGCCAUCAAAUCAAUAUUUAAUCGGUUGCAAUUUGUUCAUAAAUUAAUUAACAAAAGAUAUCUCUCAAAUACAAUUUAUUCUAUUGAAUAACAAAAAAACUCGAAGGACACAAAAUGAAGCGCUUCUGCUUGCUUUUUGUUGCACUUGUUGUACAUGUUGCAGCUGAGCCCAGUCUAUUGUCCGAUGAAUUCAUUGAAAUUGUUCGUUCAAAGGCAAAAACAUGGGAGGUUGGUCGUAAUUUUGCACCCUCAAUAAGCGAAUCAUACAUUAAAGGCUUGAUGGGCGUUCAUCCAGAUGCACACAAAUAUGCUCUAGCACCAAAGAAGCUUGAAUAUUUCUCACCAAGCGAUUUGCCAGAAAAUUUCGAUGCUCGCAAAGAAUGGCCAAAUUGUCCUACAAUUCAGGAAAUUCGUGAUCAAGGAUCUUGUGGAUCAUGUUGGGCAUUUGGAGCUGUUGAAGCUAUGUCGGAUCGAGUGUGCAUUCAUUCCAAAGGAAAGCUCAAUUUCCAUUUCUCAGCUGAUGACUUGGUCUCAUGCUGCCACACUUGCGGUUUCGGUUGCAAUGGUGGUUUCCCUGGUGCAGCCUGGAGCUAUUGGAAACGUAAGGGAAUUGUGAGUGGUGGUACUUACGGAUCUAACCAGGGUUGCCGUCCAUAUGAAAUCGCACCUUGUGAACAUCACGUUAACGGAACUCGCCCAUCCUGCGAUGGUGAAAAUGGAAAAACCCCACGUUGCCAACAUCAAUGUCAAAGUGGAUACAAAGUUAAAUACAACGAUGAUAAGCAUUUUGGCAAGUCUUCAUACUCAGUUCACAAAGAUGUGCAACAAAUUCAAAAUGAAAUCAAAACCAAUGGACCCGUUGAAGGAGCUUUCACAGUUUAUGAAGAUUUGAUUUUAUACAAAAAGGGUGUAUAUCAACAUGUUCAUGGUAAAGCUCUUGGCGGUCAUGCAAUUCGUAUCAUGGGUUGGGGUGUCGAAAACGAUACACCCUACUGGCUUAUUGCCAAUUCCUGGAACUCUGAUUGGGGUGAUAAUGGAACAUUCAAGAUUCUCCGUGGCAGCGAUCAUUGUGGAAUUGAAAGUCAAAUAUCUGCUGGUCUACCAGUUGUUUAGAUUUAUAAAGUGUGUGCUUCACUUAAAGUUGUGUUGGACAAAUCAAAUUAUUUUUUGUCCAUUUAGAAUAUUAUUAUAGUUUUAUUGUCUGUUGAUAUGGGUAUAGAAAAAUUGUCGCAUUCAGAAAUAAUAAAGACUUUAAUUUGUAAUAUAAAAUAA